CCAUGCAGCAAGGGUUUAGCUGCCGUGGAGCUUCCUCCUUUCUUACACGGAUAGGUGUGAAGCAGAUGCUUUGAAAGCCUUCAGAGACAAAGCCUGUCAGUCUAAAGCUUUCUAAAGCUUCAAUAGUGUGGACUUCUUGGUGCUUCAGAGCAGCAAAACAGGGAUUGCUUUAAACUCGGAGUGAGUUUUCUCCCCCCAACACCCAUGUCAAUGGAGCAGGAUCGUUCUGCCUGUGCUAUGGGGUGAGGUGUGGGUGCCGAGAUCAGCCCAUCCACGCACGCCUUGCUGAGCCAGAGGUGUGCACUGUACACGCUGCGGGAGGUUAUGAAUGUGGCUUUCAAGUUUCUUGCCCCCACAGAGCUUUGCCUCGGGCCUUUCCUGGCAGCGAGCUGACAGGGCUCUUUCGAAGCACUUUGGUCCUCAUUCUCCCUCUGCCAGGAUCUUUGUGUGGGUGAGAACGGGAGGAACCGAAGCCAAGGCUUUUCACAAGGAGUGUUUGCAACAGAACCUGUGGUUUUGCAUGGGCGGGGAUUUGAGCUGGAGGCAGCAGCAGGAAGCUUUAUCUGAUUUUCCCGAUACCUGGACCAUGGUACUAUGCAAGGUGCCAGUUUCCAGUGUAACGAGAUCCCAUGUGGGUUAAAUGGCUUUGGAGCCAGUUCUAUUCCCAUUCCUGGUGCAAUGAACGCGUGGCUCAGCAAUGUCUGAAAUCCACCCCUGCAAGAGGAGAACUGUGUUUCCUCGGGGAAGUGAACACAGGCACCGCAAGCAGCUGCUUUCUUUUCUUGUUAAGCCAUUUGCCAAGGCCGGCAGUCACCAGGAUCAUCAAUUCCGUCCAUUCCCAGCCUCCACGGAUCCUCUGGCUUUUGGCAAGCCAUGAAACCAGAAUUCACAGGCUGAUGGGCCCUUUUGCCUGCGGUGUCUCUCAGUGUUGUCUCUUCACAUGGACACAAAUGACUCCUCCAGCACGUGAAGCUGUCCUGGGGCCUCUGCCUGACCCUGCUGCUUCUAUUCUGAGUCCAGCAUCCAGAGAGGAAACUCGCACCCAUCCUCUGCACCAGCACAGCCAACUGCUUGAGGAGGGUGCAGUUCUGACCCCCUGUGCUAUUCCUGCUUCUCUGUGCUUUAACCUCGCCUAUUGCUGGAUACGCAGUGACCCGUUCUCAGCCUUGAGGUCUUUGUUCACCUCUCCUCAUUUCUCCAGCCCUUGCACUGAUGCUUGGCUUCGGCUCUAUUGGCAGCAACCAACCUGAUGCAACCUUCAGAGUCCUGCCCAGCUGAUGGAGGAGGAGGAGAAGCCUUCUGCCUGUGCCACUUCAGCUCUUCACUGCCUUUAGGGUGCAGCUCUGGCCCCCAACCCUGCGGAGAUGAGGGUAACUCCUAUGGCAGGAUCUGCUCCCAUGGCUGUGGCUUUGGUGGGGGAGCACUGUAAAGCAUGAAACCACACUUGUGAAACCAGCCCAGGGCAGAAGUCACAUGCACGAGGGAGACGUUGCAAGUUGGUGCUUGCAGCUCAUAAGAGGCAGUGCGGAGGUGCAGGCUCCUUGCCGUGGCUGAGCCCUGCCUGGUUAGCCCCUGGUGCCCAGGAGAUGCAGAGAGGAGACUGACCCAGAGCACAGGCUGGGGCUGUGGGGCUGGAGACCCUGCAGGGGGCAGAGGGGAAUGGCAGCAGAUAAAGGACAGUGAGGAGGAGGAGGAGGGAGCUGAGCUCGCUCCCCGGCAGCAAGAGCUGAGCUGGAUCAGGGCUGGAAGAUGCCUCGUUGCCCAUGGAAAGCAGGAUCUCAAGGAAGCUGUCAGUGGGAGGGCGAAUGAGGAUUUCACAAUCUGCUCCCCAGCCAGGAGAACAAGCCACCUGCCCUGGGGCUGACGCCGUGUUUCUUAGCCGUGGAAGAUAAGGCAGACACACAAAGUGCUGGAUUUGUGACAGUGCAGCCCCGUCCCCACAGGAGAGGCACCUUCAGCAUGGCCCAUACAAGCCAAACUGGUGGAACUGAGAAAAACGGGUCACUGCCCUCCAUCCUCUACUGCAAGAGUGAUUUAAAGGAAGGAUCCCUGCAAUGGGUGAAAGAACCCCUCAAUGGGCAGGUGCUCAUGGUGCUCAGCAUGGACAACAGCUGCUCAGCCACCUCCUUUGAUAUGGAGCUUUGUGCAGAGAAACUCCAGUCCCUUGGGGUUCAGGUGGCGGCGGAACAGUGGAGAAGGUUGAUCCAGGAUGCUGUUCUGAAGCCUGAAGUGAGACGGUACAUGUUCUACAACUCCAGGGCAUUCCAGAUAGCCAUUGCUGUGGUUUUCUACAUGUCUCUCUGGACAAACAUUUACACCACAGUCCAGCUGUGCUCCUUCGGACGCUACUGGGAGGCCAGCGUGCUGGUGACCCUGGCUGCUGUAGCAGUCACUGUGGUUGUGAUCCUGGUUAUUGACCAUCACCAGAGGAAGCCGGCCCUGCGGCACAGCCUGGAUGAGCUCUGUGUGGUUAUGGAAGCAGUGGUUUCCCCUGACCUGGGCACGGAGGAGGAGGCUUCGCGUGAGGAGUCCCCUCUGUUAUCCAGUGGGGUGAACCUAAAUAAGGAGCCUGUGACAUGCAAUGAGCUGCUCCACCUCGUUCCUGAAGGCCCACCAGAGGUGAUGGCCCAGCAGCUCCUGGUCAUCUUCAGUGGAUGCUAUGUCCGGCUCCUGGUGACCGGGCGGCUGCCCCAGGCCAUGGCAGGGGGGCACCUGGAGCAGAGCAGCAUGCCCUGUCUGUGCCAGUUCAUCCAGAGCUCUGUGCUCAACGCCCACCGGAGCUGGUUCGUGGCACGGUGACCGGAGGGGGCUGCAGUAUGCAGAAAGGCAAGCUGUCCAUACACAGCAGUGUGAAGAUGUCAUGGAGCAGAGAGAACGGCUGCGAUUGCCCAUCCUGGACUCAGCUGGAUGAACAAGUGGAAGUAGGACUCUAAUAAACCAUACGAGACA